AUGUUAAGAUUCCUUAACCUUUAUGAUUCAUUGCCAAGAAGAAAUGAGCUGGUUAACAUUAUUUCCUUUCUCACCAAUUAAUCUGCCCUUGCCUAAAAUAAACCCUUUUAUUUAACUAUUACUCCCACAAUUCAUGGGAUCAUUAUCAGCAGAUAUUCUUACAAUAUUGGUUAUGAGAGCUCUUAUGAAUGUCUAUGGGGUUUCCUUGGAAGAAAGUUCUUUCCUUUGCGAAUUUAAGGCAAUCUUCUAAUUUUAAUUUAUGAAGCCACAAAUAAAAAUGAAGUACAGAGAUGUCAAUGGCUCAAAAUUUUCUUUGGGAAGGGUGCAAGCCAAUAAUAAGGAAUAUGCAGAAUGAAUCACUAGGAACGACAUUGUGCAAAUUUAAGCCUAGUGCUGUGCAAAUGCAGGAAAUUGCAUUCACUGCACAUAAUCAGUACCUGUUAGCAUACCAACAACAUUUCCUAGAUUAGGCGAUACUUCAUACAAUCACUCAUAUCCCUUCUGGUCUGCCUAUUGCAAUGAGGCUUCCCUUGAAGACUACUGGCAAGAUUCAACUGAUCCAGAAUACAGCAGCAUAGACAUGCUUCAGAAUGCCCAUGUAAUGGCUCUCUUUUGUGAGCUGUACUAUCAGCUUGUUCCCUUGUAUGACUCACAGCCCUACAUGUCAUAGAGGUAUUACUUGCCUCCCAUAGAAAGUGCUCAAUCCUGUCUGACAGGGUUGGUUCACUCCAGGUUCCUUCGACUAAACAAUGCCAUAUUUCCAGAAUCCAGAAUUCUGCCUUCUCUGUAGCAAUGCUCAGAGUUCACAUUCACCCUGACGUUUGAACAUCUCCCAUUCUACUGGGGUUUCAAAGGUCUUUGAGGAUUUGACUCUUUGGGAAGGGUCACUGAAUAUCCUUUAGAGUUUUUUGUUUUCAUUGGGUUUUAUCAUUCUUGGCAGCUUUAUCCUGCAUUUUUUAUCUUUUGCUCUUUGCUUUCUAUAACAUUUUAAACAAUUUGUAAACCACCCAGAGUGACAGGGAGUUGGAAAAAGUAAUAAUAAUGUUAAUCAAGGUUCAAUCAAGUUUAUCAAUAUGUGGGGUUUUUUAAGUGCCAUACCAGAAAGUCUUGGGUGGCACUUAGAAGAUCUGUACAUGUGACAAAAAUUAUGUCAAUCACAAAAGGCACUUUGCUUGAAUCAUACAUAUACUAUGCUAAUACGUAGUGACUUCCUAGGUUCUUGGGAACAAGUCAAUAAAAAUAAAGAUCAACACCAGCUAAAGAACUAUUAGUGGUGAUUUCACAUAACUUUGAAUCAUCAACAUCAUUCAACCAAAGUAAAUUUGUUCUUAUCUAGUCUUACUUAGCUAGUAGAAUACAGAAGAUAUCCUAAACAUAUUAUUACAUACAUUUGAAUAUUAAUUAAUUUUAAUAAUUAAUGUUUUAAUUAAAUAUUAUUUAUUAAAGGCAAGAGAACAGCUCAGAAGACGGCAGUAACUAAUCACUUCUUUAAACAAGAAAACUGUUCAGUGUGAUGGCAUCUUUAUUUUAUUAAUCUGAAUCAUAGGAUUUUUCUAUUGAUUUACAUUCUGUAAAUCCAGAAAUUCUAUUUUCUCUCCUGCAAUUUUUCAAUUUAUAAUUUCAGUUCUGCAAUUCAAAGGCAAUUUCCAGGACAAAGGGAAGAAAGUGUGCAGCUAUCCUUAAAUAUUUGAAUAUAGAAACAGUUUCCCUGAAAAAAAAAGCUUUUUAAUAAUCAAGAACUGCCUCAGGCUGUAAUCACCAAAGCAAAACGUGUUUUAUCAACUGAAGAUUGGUGAAUAUUUAAGAAAGUGCCUCUGGCACUAACUUUACUAUUCAGAUCAAGUGAAAUGCUUGAUCAGAUGCCUUGUCAGUGUUGCAAUCCUCCUGACAUUAGUCAGUGAAAGCGAGAGUUGAAUAAAGUAGGCAGAGUAAAAGAUGGGAGGAAAAUUCUUCUACCUUCUGGUAGCUUCAACUUUGAUAGCCUACUACAUCUACAAGCCUUUACCAGAGAAUGUGGAGGAACCCUGGAAGCUGAUCCUUUUAGAUGCUAGCUUUAGAAGCAUAAAUCAUGUGGCCACAAUUGUGGAGAAGUUGGGUGUUGGACACUUUAUGGAUGUUCUAAAUCUGUACACAAUUGCUACAUACACACCACCUACAUCUGAUGAAAAAGUCAUUGUAACAGACACAGAAUUUAGCCAUGUUCCAGUACGUCUUUACAUUCCUACAAAGCAGUCAGAUGUCUUGAAAAGAGCAGUGAUUUUCAUCCAUGGAGGUGGAUGGUGUACAGGAUCAGCAACCAUGAAAUCCUAUGACCUCUUAUCAAGAUGGACAUCAGAAAGACUAAAUGCUGUUGUGGUGUCAGUCGAUUACAGACUAGCUCCAAAAUAUCGAUUCCCCAUUGCAUUUGAAGAUGUGUACUCAGUAUCAAAAUACUUUCUACAAAGCAGCAUUCUGGAGAAAUAUAAUGUAGACCCAAGCCGCAUCGGCAUUGCAGGGGACAGCGCAGGAGGUGGCUUAGCUGCAGCUGUAACCCAGCAGCUUCUAGACGACCCUGACGUCAGAACUAAAUUCAAAAUUCAAGGUUUAUUGUAUCCUGUUCUUCAGACUAUUGAUCUGGAAUUGCCAUCCUAUCAGGAUAAUAAAAACAUGCCAAUCUUGCCGAAAACAUUAACAAACAGAUUCCUCACUGAAUAUUUUCCAUCAGAUGACUCUUUUUCCAAAGCUUUAGACACCAAUCAACAUGUUCCUGCAGAGCUCAACCAUUUGUUUAAAUUUGCAAACUGGAGUAAGUGGCUACCUGAAAGAUUUAAAAAAGGUCAUGUUUAUACUGACCCAUCACAUAGAAAUUCCAAAACUGGACACAAAUAUCCAGGUUUACUGGAUCCAAGGCUCUCACCACUUUUAGUUGAGGACAUCAAGCUUCAGGGCUUACCACUUACAUAUGUAGUCACUUGUCAAUAUGAUGUCUUGAGGGAUGAUGGAAUCAUGUAUGUUUCCCGUCUUAGGGAAGCAGGAGUUAAAGUAGCACACGAACAUUUUGACAAUGCUGUUCAUGGUGUUUUAACAUUUAUUGCAGGCCCACUUGCCCCAAAUAUAGGACACAGAAUGGCUAACAACUACAUUGAGUGGCUAAAUAAGAACCUGUGA